AAAACAGGCUUUUCAUUGACGUCAUUGCCAAGGAUUUGCAAAUGUUCAUUCAUAAAACUAGAUAUUUAAUAUUUUUUAUACAGCAUUACAAGAACCCAUAACGACACAAAAACGCACAUACACAGAUGCAUACACAUUAUUCUCUGAAGUGCAGUGGUGCACAUGUGCGAUAAGAAAAUUCAAUCAAUCAGUGCUAAAUUGAAGUUCACUGAGAAGGAAGAAAUCGGAGAACUUCUUUGACUACGGAAUCGCAAAUGGUGUCGGCUUUGCGAGCUAACGAUUUGUAUAAAAGCGGCAAAAAUUCCCUCAGGAGGUCAGUCAAGUCAGAGCGAAUAGCCCGACAAGGACAUAUUCCAAGUGCGCCAAACAGCAUUUAAAUAAAAAACGGUAUAUAAAUAUUAUAACUCUAACAUAAAAGGAUAAGCAAAGAGUAAACUAAGCGAAACGAUAAGAUGGGAUUUGGGUAUUGGCAGUUGAAGGCAACUGUCAUUUACCUACUUGUAGUCAGCAGUUUGGCUCGAAUUGAGCCGGACACUUGCGACCGUGAAUAUUGUUAUGAACGUUUCGAAGGUGAAAGUGGUCGAUACUCAAACGGUGAUGUAAACUGGUUGCGAGAAAAUGCGUCUUACAGGAAAUCUACUAAUACAGACUUUGAUGCCACACUAAGGACAUAUCGCCCAAUCAAAUCUGAUAAACAGCAGCAAAAUAUUGUAAGUACCACCAAACUUGGCAACGAGUAUGUGGAACAGCGCAGUUCAGACAAAAGCAAUGACGGUCAACAGGGUCAAAACAAUCAGUUAAAUGAUCGCGAUGAACGAAUCACUGCUGACAGGCGCUACAAUAACGAUGAGCGGCGAGUAAUUUCGAUGAACGAACGCGCAGAAACCCGUGAGAACCGACGGGAGUUUGAAGAUCGCGUAGAACGAUUUGCUUCUAACAGGAUUUUUGAGGAUAAUGAGGAACGACGAGCACAUAAUAGAAAUACUGAUGAGAGGGCAGGACGUGGAGAUGAACGCCGGGAUAUUAUCGCUCGCGCUCAAACCCGUGAGGACCAAAGAGAACUAGUUAAGCGAUUUGGAGAUCGCGAGGAACGAUCAGCUGCUACCGAUCAUCGUGAGAAACGACGAGAAUAUGGGCGAGAAGAACGAAAAGACGAACGACGAGACGUUACCGCACGCGCUGAAAUCCGGGAGGACCAAAGAGAUGUUACCGCACUCGCUCAUGCAAGUGAGGAUGAACGUGAAAUAGGUCAGAGGUUUUAUGAUAACAAAGAACGAAUGGUUGCUACAAGAAUUGUUGAUAGGCGUGAAGAACGACGAGCACAUGCCAGAAGUGUUGAUGUGCGCGGCAUACGAGAAGACCAACCACAAGAUGUUACCACGCGGAUUUAUAAUCGCAAAGAACGAUCUGCUGGUACAAAGCGUUUCGACGAUCGUGAGGAACGACGAAAAAUUACCAGAGGUAUUGAUGAGGAGAAAAGACAAGAAGACGAACCAAUAAACACUGUAGCACGCGCUGAAACCAGUAAGGACCGACGAGAAUUAGAUCAGCAGUUUGAUGAUCGUGACGGACGAUCAGCCAGAGCAAGGAGUUCCGGUGACCGUGAGGAACGGUUAACUGCCAAUAGUAUUAAUAAGCGGGAAUCACGAAAAGGCGAGCGACGAGAUGCUACAACUCGCGCUGAAGCUCGAGAGGACAAACGAGAAGCAGCUCGGCGAUUUGAUGACCUCGAAAGACAAGAAGAUGAACGAAGAAAUACUAUAGCACGCGCGGAAACCCAUGAGUACCGCCAAGAACUAGCUCGACAGAUUGCUAAUCGCAAAGAACGAUCUGCUGAUACAAAACGUAUUGAUGACCGUGAGGAACGACGAGCACAUGCCAGGAGUGUUGAUGAGCGCGAAAGACGAGAAGGUGAACUGCGAGAUGUUUUCGAUAGCGCUGAGAUCCGUAAGAACGGACGAGAAUCAACCCAGCGAUUUGAUGAUCACGAAGAACGAUCUGCAGCUAGCAAACAAAUUGAUGAGCAUGAGGAACGACAAACAAUCGGCAAAAGUCUUGAUGAGCGAGAAAGACAAGAAAAUGAACAUAGAGAUGCUAUAGUACGCGCUGACAACAUUAUGUACCGCCGAAAUCUAGUUCAGCGCGAAGAACGAUCAAUUAUUUCCAGGCGGUUGGAUGAGCGUGAUCAACGACGAACACUCGAGAGAAGUGUUGAUGAGAGGGAAAUGCGAGAAGAAGAACGAGAAGAUGUUACUACUCGCGCUAAUGCGCGUGACGCCCGUGACGACCGACGAGAACUAGCCCGGCGAUUUGAUUAUCGCGACGAGCGAUCAGCUGCUACCAUACGUAUUGAUGAGCGUGAGGAAAGGCGAACAAUCGGCAGAAGUGUUGAUGAGCGUGAAAGACGAGAAGAAGAACGAAGAGACGCUACUACUCGCGCUGAAAGUCAUGACGAGCGACAAUUAACCCAGCGGUUUGAUGAUCGCCAAGAACGAUCAGAUGCCACCAAACGAAUUGAUGAGCGUGAGGAACGGCGAGCAAUCGGCAGAAGUGUUGAGCGAGAAAGACGAGAAGAUGAACACAGAGAUGCUAUCGCACGCGCUGAAAACCUUGAGGACCGACGAAAUCUAGGUCAACGCUUUUCUGAUCGCGAGGAACGAUCAGUUACUACCAGAAAGUUUGAUGCCCAUAAGGAACGACGGACAAUCGACAAAAGAAUUGAUGAUCGGGAAAGACGAGAUCGCGAGGAGCGAUCAGCUGCUACCAGACGGGUUGCUGAGCGUAAGGAUCGGCGAGAAAUCGGCAAAAGUGUUACUGAGCGCGAAAGACGAGAAGACGAAGGACAAGAUGCUACCACACGCGCUGAAUUCCGGGAGGACCGUCGAGAUGUUAUCCCAGAACAAUUUGCUCCUUCUAAACGAAUUGUCGAGCGCGAAGAACGACAAACAAUCGAUAGAAGUGUUGAUGAGCCAGAAAGACGAGAAGAUGAACGAAAGUAUGCUAUUGUCGGCACUAACAACCUUAAGGACCGAAGAAAUCUAGGUAAGCGCUUUGCUGAUCGCGAAGAACGAUCAAUUACUUCCAGGCGGUUCGAUGAGCGUGAGCAGCGACGAACAAUCGACAAACGAAUUGGUGAGCGGGAAAGACGAUAUGAAGUGAGAAAAGACGCUAUUACUCUCCUUGGAGCUCGCGAGGACCGACGAGAAUUAACCCAGCGAUUUGAUGAUCGCGAGGAACGAUCAGCUGCUACCAGAUGGAUUGAUGACCGUGAGGAACGGGAAGAAAUUGGAAAAAGGGCUGUCGAGCAAGAAAGACGAGAAGAUGAACGACAAUAUGCUACUGCAAGCGUUUACGCCCGACGAGAAUUAACUCAGCGAUUUAAUGACCGUGAGGAUCUAUCUUUUAGUCCAAAGAGUUUCGAUAAUCGUGAGGACCAGCUAACAAUUGCCAAUGAAGUAAUUGAGCGAGAAUCACGAAAAGGCGCUAUCGCACGCGUUGAUGCCCGCGAGAACCGACGAGAACCAACUCGGCGGUUAGACGAACGUGAGGACCGACGAGAACCAACUUGGCGGUUAGAUGAGCAUGAUAACCGAAGAUCACAUGUCAGGAGUGUUGCUGAGCGCGAAAGACGAGAAGACGAAGAACAAGAUGCUACCACACGCGCUGAAUUCCGGAAGGACCGUCGAGAUGUUAGCGCAGAACAAUUUGCUCCUACCAAACGAAUUGGUGAGCGCGAAGAACGACAAACAAUCGAUAGAAGUGUUGACGAGCCAGAAAGACGAGAAGAGGAACGAAAAUAUGCUAUUGUAGGCACUAACAACCUUAAGGACCAAAGAAAUCUAGGUCAGCGCCUUACUGAUCGCGAAGAACGAUCAGUUGAUUCCAGGCGGUCGGACGAGCGUGAUCAACAACGAAUAUUCGACAGGAGUGUUUCUGAACAGGAACUGAGAAAAGAAGAACGAAGAGACGCUACUACUCGCGGUGAAGAUCGUGAGGGCCGACGAGAAUUAAUCCAGCGACUGGAUGAUCGCGAGGAACGAUCAGCUGCGGCCAGGCGACGUGACGAGCGUGAGGAACGGCGAGCAAUCGGCAGAGGUGUUCAUGAGCGAGAAAGACGGGAAGAUGAACGUCGAUAUGCUAUUACACGCGAUGACGCCCGACGAGAAUUAACCCAGCGGUUUGAUUACCGCGAGGAUCUAUCUCUUAGUCCAAGGAGUUUAGACAAUCGUGAGGACCGGCUAACAAUUUUCAGUGACGUAAUUGAGCGAGAAUCACGAAGAGACGAACGACGAGGCACUAUAGUACGUGCUGAUAACCGCGAGAACCGACGAGAACCAACUCGGCGAUUAAAUGAGCAUGACGACCGUCGACCACAUGUAAGGAGUGUUGCUGAGAGCGAAAGACAAGAUGCUACAACACGCGCUGAAUACCGAGAGGACCGUCGAAAUGUAAUCGCUGAACAAUUUGCUGCUAGCGGGCGGUUUUAUGAGCGUGAGGAACGACGAUCAAUCGAUAAAAGUUUUGAUGAGAGGAAAAGACGAGAUCCACGAGAUGCUAUCACACGCGUCGGAACCCUUGGAGACCGGCGAGAGCUAGGCCAGAAAUUUGAUGAUAGCGAAGAACGACGAACAAUCGAUAGUAACAUUAAUGAGCCAGAAAGACGAGAAGAUGGACGACGAGAUGCUAACGCACGGGUACAUGAGUUACAACGACGAAUAGCUCGUAGGAUUGAUGAUCACGUAAAACAUGGUGUGGGUACAAAGCAUUUCGAUGAGAGUGAGGAACGACGAGAAAUUGCCAGUAGUGCCAAUGAGUGGGAAAGACGAGAAGGCGAUAUAUCUGCUUCACAGAGGCAUAAUGAACGCGAAAAUCGUUUCGCCGCUAACAGGCUUUCCGGGGAUCGUGAGGAACGGGAAGUUACAAGCCUUCUUGACAAGCGCAACGCUUCAUUGCGCGUUGCUGACGGCGAAAAAAAUGUCUCAACAAUGCGCAUGGACUAUCGUUCAGUAGAAAGGACACAAGUACAGCGCUGCAAUGGUCGUGAGGAACAAUCCUUGUUUUUCAGACGUUUAGAUGGUGGUGCAGUCAACGUGGCCUUUAGCGGUCGGCAGAUGCAAUCAAAAGUCGAUAUAAAUGCCAAAGAGGAUGAUUUUCGAACAAGCACUGACACUCAAACGAAGCGCGGAUAUAUUUUACUUGGACAAGGGGCAAUAUUAGCUUUGGCUUUACUGAAAUCACUAAAGGGACACGACUUCGAGAUAAAAAAAGGGCAACGGCAAUAUUUUAGCAGUUCAUCGAAUUUAAUUGGUUUUUAAAAAUAUCUGAAUCAGGAAAAAUUUGAAAAUACUGGAAAUUGGAUUAAUGAAUUGUAUGUAUAUAAUAAAGAAGUGUACCUAAGGCAAAUCCUUGGCAAUAUCGCUGUGUUAUGCAAACAAUUAUAUAUUUAUGUGCGUACGUAUCAUAAAAAAGGCUAAUAUAAAGCAAAAGAAUACAAAAAAAUGUGAAUAAAUGUAAAUAUUUCGCCAAACCUGUUAUUAAUUCUGUACAAGUUAUUUAUU